AUGCAUUGCAACUUUAGCGCGGGUCUGCUGGAGCGCACCCUCCCGGGUCUGCUGUCGGUGGAGUUUGUGCUAGGGACACUGGGCAACGGGCUGGCCCUGUGGAUCUUCUGCUUCCACCUGCGGCCCUGGAAGAGCAGCACGGUGCUGCUCUUCAACCUGGCGGUGGCAGACUUCCUCCUCUUGACCAUCCUGCCCUUCCGCGCCAGCUACUACGCCUCUGGCAUCCGCUGGCGCUUCGGCCGGACGCUGUGCGACGCCUCGCAGUUUAUGCUGGCGCUGAAUCGCACGGGCAGCGCGCUCUUCCUCAUGGCCAUCGCCCUGGACCGCUACGUGCGGGUGCUGCACCCGCACAGCCGUCUCAAUUCGCUCAGCCCCUCCAAGGCGGCGUGUGGGGCGGCCGCCCUUUGGCUGGUGACGGUGUGCCUGACGGCCAACGCCCUGAGCCUGCGCAACUUUCGCGGCGGCUACUGCGAGAGCUUCCUGGUGGAGACCUCGGCCCGGGGCAACCGCCUCUGGCACAAGUUCAACUUUCUCUUCUCCUGCUGGGUGCCGCUGCUGGUCAUCCUCUUUUGCACGGUGCGCAUUGCCAUCCGGCUCCGGGCCCGCCAGCUGGGCCAACGCGGCAAGGUCAAGAAGGCCCUUUGCUUCCUGGUGGUGGUGGUGGCGCUCUUCGCCGUCUGCUUCCUUCCCAGUAAUGUGACGCAACUGCUCAUCUGGAUUGAGACCCGCCGGGCCUCCGAGCGCCAUUCCGGGGAGAUGAUGUGCGCCGCCAUGGACAACCUGACCGUCACCUUCUACGUGACCGUCAGCCUGACCUAUCUCAAUAGCGCCCUGGACCCGCUGGUCUACUACUUCUCCAGUCCCACCUUCAAGAGUAUCUGUAGAAGAUCCCUGCACCUGCCCCAGGGCGAGACCACCGAGAGCACCGAAAAGAGGAGCGGGACCCGCGAGACGGCCUCGCAUUCCUGCAGCCAGAUUUAG